GGAUGGCGCUCCCGUUUCUUCCGGGACAUUCCACCAACUCCAACCUUGGAGUGGAUAACUUCCGAAAGCCUCAUGCAUUCGAUAUGCGAAACGGAGUCCCCGUAUUUGUCGGUGAAGAAAAGGCAGGCAUUGGAGGUAAAGCUCUUCCGGGACAGAAGAUCCCUCCCAAGUCUAAGAUAGUCCCCAACGGAGCCGGACAGCCAGCCCCCUCCUGGGUGGUUCACGACCGGCAGGUUCUUCGUUUCAGUGCUUUCUUCCAGGAGGCAGUGCACGAGAAGAGGGAGGAGAAGUACAGGAUCAGAAAUUGCACGAUACUCUACUACCUGGAAGACGACAGUAUCCAAGUCAACGAAGCCCGUCAGGAAAACAGCGGUAUUCCUCAAGGAACGCUGAUACGCCGACACCGCAUCUCCCAGCCACCACCAAACGACGAUCAGUUCUACACAGUGGAGGCGUUUAAUGUUGGCAACGCGGUUACUCUUUACGGCAGAAACUUCACCAUCAAGGACUGUGACGAGUUCACCCGUAACUUCCUAACUAAAACAGGAGCUAAAGUACCGGUGGCAAUGUCCACUGAACCUGCUGAUCCUUACUUUGUACACAGGAAGAACCAAGCUGCCACCAUGCAGCCUCAUAGGCCUUACGAGAAGUGUGAUACACUCAAACAGUUCCUGGACAACGACAGAAAAGUACUGCGAUUCUACUGCAUCUGGGAUAACUCUAGCGAGAUGUUCGGAGAUGUUAGGGAACUUGUCCUCCACUACUUCCUAGCUGAUGAUACUAUCGAGAUACGCGAGGUGAUCAGAGCUAACUCCGGCAGGGACGCCGCUCCUAAGUUCUUGAGGAGGAGUAAGGUUCCUAAGGAAGUAGGCGCGCUGCACAAGCCCGGUGAAAUAACAGAGCGAACAAUCCUGAACGUAUUCGGCCCCAUGGGACACGGAGGACGAUACAUCCUGGACUCUCUAAAAACAGGAGCUGUGGACAAGUCCUGUUACACUGAUGCUGAUCUGACUAUUGGAGCUAAGGUUAACGUGUGGGGCAGGGAGGUGACGGUCUGUGAUAUGGACGAGUUCACUGCUCACCAUUACGCCUCUAAGUUCUCCGUUGCAAAGAACACCCCAAUCCACUACAAACAGACGGAAGCUGCUAAGAUUGAACGUGAGAUUCCACCUUACAAUGGCUGGGGAUCCGAAGAGGACUCCAGAGCUAACUGCCUGAAACUCAUCGCUCAAGCUCCUAAACGAGACUUCAUCAAAUUCAUGAAGAAAGACAGACAAGGACUAGACAGUCACGUGUUACGCUUCUUCGCCAGACUCGACACCAACCGACCCAUCGACAUGGACCGAACCUUUAUCAUUUCCUUCUUCCUGUCUGAUGAUACUAUCUCCGUGUUUGAGCCGGAAAAGAGGAAUUCUGGUAUUGUACACGGCAAAUUCAUCGAGAGAAGCAAGAUAAUGAACCCAAGUGGUGGAUACUACCAAGCUGAGGAUAUUUACGUAGGAGCCGUGGUAAACUUCAGAUCGCACCAGUUCGUUAUUACCGAUGCUGACGAGUACGCUCUUUCUUACGCUGAGCAACACAAGGAUUGAUGAACUUAAUCGAGAUGCUGAAACUUCAAAAUUGAAAGACAAGAAUUCAGGAAAUUCGGUGUCUCUCCCUACACCCAGUCAAGACAGGAGUGUUCUUUCUUUUCCUUGUCAUUUUCUUAGAAUAGUAAAUUAUUUGUCAUCGACGUGCUAUCAGUUGAAUGUUUUGAUUAAAAUGUUCCAAUAGUGAUUUCAACUUAAUCACAUAUCACUUAAUAUCUUUGUGAAUGUUCACACACUGAAAGCAAAAUUCAGUUUUUCUUUAAACCAACGAUUCUUAAAUUUAUGUUUUAAAGCUUUAUUAAUUCUACGGGCAAAAAACCUGCACUUGAAG